AUGAAGGAAUUACCAGGAUACUUUGUUCAAGUUCCAGAAGCGUUUUCGCUAAUCGAAGAGGGCGUCUAUCGGUGCAGCGGAGUGCUCACACCAGACCAAAUAAAAUACCUAGACACGCUCAAGCUCAAAACAGUACUCAUUCUCUCAGUCGAAGGCCCCUCACGCGCAUUCUCGCAAUACAUGAAGAAGCAAGACAUCCGACGCAUACAUCUCGGCAUGACCCGCUGGCAGUCUAAUCUGGGCUGGAAACCUGUAAGCGAGGAGUUGAUUAAAGAUGCCCUCGAGUGUUUACUCAACCUGCAUAACCACCCGUUGCUUAUUGUGUGCUCGUCGGGUGUGCGAGAGACGGGAACUUUGGUUGGGUGUUUGAGGAAAUUGCAGCAUUGGAACUUUAACUCAAUCGUUUAUGAGUAUCGCAGUUUUGCUGGUGGAAAGGGGAAGUAUACGCAGGAGCUGUUUAUUGAGCUGUUUGAUACAGAUUUGGUCACCGUUCCAGAAUCGCUUCCGGAGUGGUUUGUGGAGGAGUGCCGUAUGUGGGAGGAGGAGCAGAAGCAGCGGUUUAUCGAGCUACACGGUGACACCAGUGGAUAA